AUGACCCACGGUCCAAUUGAUUCCUCUAUCAUCGCAGACAAUAUUCAAUUUACCUGCGAGCGCUCUAAGAUCGAGGCCGAGUACUACGACUUUGCCACAAUCUUCGCUGAUACCGAGGUGGACAUGAUGCGGCCUCACGGUGGCGGGAUAUAUCCUGGCGUACACAUCACCGACAAAUCUGACCCCAAAUCAGCUCCUGAUAAGCCAGAUAGGGUUGAGCCGGCAAGCGACGACGAGAAUAAUAGUGACGAGGGGGAAGAGGAGGAAGGGGACGAUGAAGACAGGGACGGGGUCUGUAAGGAGAGUGUGCCAUCUACGCACGCCAACGAGCCAUCGGAGGGAACAGCUCUGCCACGGCGUCGUAGCAUCAAUGAAGCUCAUUGGUUGUUGUACGACGGCAAGUACGAGCAUAAGGCGUCCAUUGCUAAGCGCCGCGUCACCCCGCGCGAUCGACUGAACAUCAACAACCGUAACCUGCGCGUGCGCGCACGCAUCACGACUAUACGUGGCUUCACGGACCCGAACGCAGCUGCCGCCGCACACAACUCGAUCCAGCUUCAGCAAUCCUCAUUGCCCGACAUGAUCCGGCUCGGUGACACUGUGACGACUCUCGCACUAUCCACAGCCGAUCGAGCGCGUGUUCUGAGUCUUGUAGUUGGCCGCGUUGCAAAUAUCUUUGAAGGCAGCGACGGGCUACCUUCAGUGUCGAUCCCUGCACUAGCAAACCCCACCAAUAAGCUGAGUGUCUACAUGCAAAUAUCGAAUAUCAGUCACUUACCGGGUCGUGGUGCGGAUGACUUGACCGCUCAAGAAACGAACGGCGCUCAUUCGGAAAUGAUGCUUUCCGACAGCGAGGUCUUCAGCUGGCGUAAGACCGAGGCGUACGUCCGCCGUGAGGCUUUCUCUAAGGCUCAGACAAAGGGCGGGCCGCGCAUCAAGCACACUCGUACAUACUGGCUGAAGCACCUAGCUCCCUCGUCCGAAAGCUUCCAUUCCGUGUUCGAGCUGUAG